AUUCCUCGCAAUUUACCACCCGGCGCACCUGAUAUUUUCACAUCCGUCUGUUCAUUCAACAGCGAGCAGUCAUGACUGAUCAUUCGAGCGGCAUCGACGGCAUCGACACGGACUGCAUAACUCUUACACGCUUUGUUCUGGAAGGGCAGAAGUCUCAUCCCGGCGCAACCGGGGACCUUACGAUGCUGCUCAACUCGCUGAUGUGCGCAAUCAAGGCCGUCUCGGCUGCGGUGAGACGAGCAGGAAUAGCUCAACUGUAUGGCAUGGCAGGUUCCAUCAACAUUCAAGGAGAGACAGUUCAAAAACUUGAUGUUUUGGCCAAUCAGUUGUUCAUUAAUCAGAUGUCUUCGUCAUUCAAUGUUGGAAUUAUGAUAUCAGAAGAGAAUGAGCAGGUCAUCAUUGUUGAACCGAAGAAGCGUGGGAAGUAUAUUGUUGCUUUUGAUCCGCUGGAUGGAUCUUCAAACAUUGAUUGCCUUGUGUCGAUUGGUUCAAUUUUUGGGAUUUGGAAAGUGGAUGAUGACCGCAUUCCAACUGUUAAGGAUGCUCUUCAACCAGGUCGUCAAAUGGUUGCAGCCGGAUAUGCUCUCUAUGGCAGUGGUGUUAUGGUCGUCAUCUCUACUGGUGAUGCGCCAAGUGGCUUCACUCUUGAUCCUAAUAUUGGAGAGUUUGUUUUGACACACAAAGAUAUGCAGAUAAAGCCUCGUGGCAGCAUUUAUUCAAUCAAUGAGGCUUAUACCAAGGACUGGGAGCCAGGUGUACUGAAAUACGUUGAGAAAUGCAAGUUUCCGCCGGAAGGAAAGUCUCCGUACAAUGCUCGUUAUAUUGGCUCUAUGGUUGCUGAUGUACACCGGACUCUAAUUUUUGGUGGCAUCUUUAUGUAUCCUGCAAGCAAGAAAUCACCCAAAGGCAAGCUCCGUCUGCUGUAUGAGUGCUGCCCCAUGGCAUAUAUCAUGGAGAAAGCUGGUGGCAAGGCAACUGAUGGGAAACAACGCAUUCUUGAUAUUGUACCCGAACAGUUGCACGAACGUUCUGCAUGCUUUCUUGGCUCAAAGGAGGAUGUUGACGACUUGAUUGCCUGUCUCAAUUAAGAGCAGACAGUUCGACUGCUAGAUUGAAUGUCAGAGAUUACAGUUACAACAAUGAAUGUCAUGGAUUUAGUACGUGUACCAGGAUUAUGAUUUUGCCUGGUGAGAUAACUGAAAGCGAUAUCAGCAUAUUAAAAUCAGCACUUUGUGUACAGUGCGAA